UCAAUGCAAUGCGAUGUCAAGCUUCAAAACCUGAACCGUUGUUCUAUGCCUGUAACCCUAAAACAAAACGCAGUUGAUUCGCCGAAACCACGAACGCAGUUUCAACCUCAUCUUCAUUUGCUUUCUCCUUCUCCGCUGUUGAACUCAGGAUUUUUAAGGGGAAGGGGUAGAAAUGAUGUGCAAUUGAUUAGAGUAUUGAACAUCACUGGAAUGGAUCAGGAUUGAAAAGCAAGACAUAGUUAGUUAAACUCCCCAGAAAAGAUAGAUAUCGAAGGAAGGUAUUUCACCUUACUGCGUGAUCUUUGCUAGUUGCUGCUGUUAUUAUAAUUGAUUUGGAGUCUCCCUGUAGUUACACAUUGAGCCUGUUUGGAUACGGGCUUAUUGGAGCUUAUCCACUAGAAAAUUCACUAAAAAAACUUCAAUAAGUGCUCUUUGGUUUGGAUCCAAACUGGUACAUUGUGUAAUUGGUGUCUAAAGGUUCUUGUUUGAUGAAUUUGGCAAAGGAUUUGCACAUUCUCCCUUCAGCAAUAACCACUGCAGGCGAUUCUUUAACAAUUACAGAGAAAGUGAAUUCAUUGCAGAAGAAGUACAUGAAAAGGAAGAAUAAACAAGGUAAAGCUGUUGAACAGAGAGAUAAAGGUCCUGAUUUUUCACUUGGUGAUUCUUCACAGAAGACUGAUGCAACUAUGAAGGACCCAUUACAUGAGUCACCAGAUUUGCCUGAUCUGUCAAGUUCCCAAACAGUUGUGAAAUGUAAUUCGACGAAUAAGAAAUAUCAGAGGAAAAGGCUGAAGACUCAGCAUAAUGCUGUCAAAAGAAAUUUUAAUGGUUGUGGUAGUCUGGAGGAUACUCUUUCAUUAAAAACUUCUGCGGCUGCUUUUGAUAUGCCUUCAGAACAACCAAUUCAAUACGUGUCCUCUGAUUCAGUAACAAGACAAUCUUGCGUGAAAGCAGAUAUAUCUCUGGGACAAAAUGAAGAAAAGGAGCAGAAUAUGCUCCAAAAGGCUGCAGAAAACAGCAAUGGAGAGUGUGACGUUCAAGAAGUGAGCUGCAGCUGCAAUUCAGUUUUGGCAGAUGCAGUCUCUUCUGCAAAAGAGUCUGUGUUUGAAUUUGGAGAAAAGAACAUUGAUCGAAAUAUAAAUGAUAGCAGUCCCAACCCUGAGGAAAAGAGUAGUUCUGUGAAGAAUGGUUGUGUGAAAGCAGAAAACGAAGAAAAGGAGCAGAAUAUGCUCCAAAAGGCUUGUGACGUUCAAGAAGUGAGCUGCAACUGCAAUUCAGUUGUGGCAGAUGUCUCUUCUGCAAAAGAGUCUGUGUUUGAAUUUGGAGAAAAGAACAUUGAUCGAAAUAUAAAUGAUAACAGUCCCAACCCUGAGGAGGAAAAGAGUAGUUCUGUGAAGAAUGCUAGUCUGGUGAAGAAACAUUAUGAUGAUAACCCAGGAGUUUGUGACUUAUCUGAUAGAAUUCAGUAUGUCUACAGAAAGAGAAAAAUAUCCAAUUUCAAACAUAGAGGAAACUGUGGUUAUGCAAGUCCUGUAAAUUGUAACAAGGAACCAGCUAUGCAGGACCGCCAAGAGGAUGAUGACCCACAUAAAUUUCCGGAUGGACCAUUAGCGGUUGACUUGGUGGAAGGAGAAACAAAGUUUUCAAAUGAUCAAGUUAACUCAUACAGUGGAGCUGCAGCUGAGGGAAUGGAGCUGGUGACAGGGAGCACUUCUGAGCAAAGAUUUAUAACCAAGUCUUCUGUAGUAGAUGUUCCUGUGACACAACCUGAAGAAACAAAAGCUAGACAGCUAGAUCAUGCUGAGAUUACAAGAAAUGAUCUAUGUUGUCCAGGUGAUGUUUCUGAUUUAAGUUCAGUCACCAUAAAUGAUGGUAAUUCAAAGAUUUCGCAAUUUUCAUUGGACAGAACUAUUAUCAGCUACCCAAAGAAGAAGCUUCUCAUCCUUGAUGUGAAUGGAUUGCUUGCUGAUUUGGUCAGUGAUGAUUCGAAAGAAAAUAAUCUAGAACCAGAACCCGAUUUUUGGCUUAAAAGGAGAAAAGUUUACAAGAGGCCGUUUUGUGAAGAUUUUCUGCAGUUUUGCUUUGACAGAUUUCAUGUGGGAGUUUGGUCAUCUAGAAAAAAGAGUAAUGUUGAUGAAGUCAUCAAAUUUCUUAUGGGGAAAUCUGCAUCCAAAUUGCUCUUCUGUUGGAAUCAGUACCACUGUACUUGGACAAAAUUCACAACUGUUGAGGAUAUACACAAGCCCCUUGUAUUGAAGGAACUUCGGAAAUUGUGGGAAAAGAGGGAUUCUAGUCUUCCGUGGGAGAAAGGAGAGUUUAAUGAAUCAAACACAUUAUUAUUGGAUGACUCCCCUUACAAGGCGCUUGUGAAUCCUAAGCAUACAGCUGUAUUUCCUUAUACGUACCGGUACCAAGACACUACAGACUCAUCAUUAGGACCUGGGGGUGAUCUUCGGGUUUAUCUAGAAGGGCUUGUUAUGGCUGAGAACGUUCAAGAGUACGUGUCAUCAAAUCCAUUUGGCCAACGGCCCAUAAGAGAAACUAAUCCAUCAUGGGGAUACUAUCGUAAAGUUUUAGAGUCAGUUAAACGCAGGUAUCAAAAUAGGAACCUCAUCACCGGGUAGGGGGCGAACUACUUGCAAAGCAACGCAGGAUGAAAGCUACUGCAUUCAUUGAUGUGUGCGGUGUGUGUUUUUAAUGCAUGUUUUGAUCAGUUUAUUCCAAGUUUCCAACAGAAACUGAUUUUGACUUUAGACUGAAUUAUAGAUAUAUUUCCGAACAUACACUUAAUCACUCUAAUGAUAGAAGUGGUGAGGUUUCGUUUUGUAAGGUGUGUGAAAAUAUAGAUCAAUUAUGUUUACAUACAUACAUACAUGCUAGAUAUAAGCCAGACAAGCUUAGACAUAUGAUUAACACCUACUUCCGGGUAGUACCCACACUGUAUUAUGCUUUUCUUAUGAGCAAUGCUAUAUAAUAUGAAACAUAUUUUAAAAA